AGCACAUGUUGACAUUGACUGGAAAAGUGUGUGAGUGCACAUGUUCUUCACCGUGCGAAGUUGAACGGAUUCAAGAGACCCUUCAUAAUGAGAGUACCAUCAGUUUUGUCUUUGCUGAAAGGACUUCGACACUCCCUGACGACACAUCCCAUAUCCCACCAGCUCAUGCCUGUUCAUGUCCCUGCAACAAGACUGCGCAUAUGUCGAAGAUGCUUCAGCGAACUCAAAGCAACAAGAAACAGUCACGUGAUCCCGCUGUUCCUCAAAGCAGAAGAGCAUGUUGGGAGAACAGCAAUCGUCGAUCAAAACAACCGUUUCUCGUACGAUGACAUUUUGCACUAUAGUUCUCUGUUGUCACAGAAGAUAAUCAGCAGAUGUAACGGAAAUCCCAAAACCGGCAUAGAAGGUGCAAGAGUGACGUUUUUGUGUGAGAAUGACAUUUCGUAUGUGGUUGCACAAUGGGCAACGUGGAUGUGUGGGGGAGUGGCAGUUCCACUGUGCAACCUGCACUCUGACUCGGACCUGGCGUACUAUAUCCAGGACUCCCAGAGCUCUCUGCUUGUAACCACAACAAAGUAUGCUGAGAGACUACAGCCGAUUGCUGAAGACCUCGAGAUCCAACUUGAGACGUUACAGGCGUCGGAGUACAUGGGGUCAUAUGACAGUGAUCAGAACAGUUGGUUCCUCUCGGACAAUCCUGCAUCCAGCAGCAAAAAGGAGAGAAGACGGAUCAAGGGUCGCUAUGACGAUCUCCUGGCAACCAAUCAGUACAAGCGGGAACCAGCAAUGAUCGUGUACACAAGUGGGACCACAGGCCGACCUAAAGGGGUGGUGCUGACUCACGGUAACCUGCAUGCCAUGAUGUCUGGGAUGAUUACGGCAUGGGAGUGGCAGCCCAGUGACGUCGUCCUCCACGUCCUUCCACUACAUCACGUGCACGGCAUCGUCAAUGUCCUCAUGACUCCCCUCUUUGUUGGAGCAACGUGUGUCAUGAUGCCAAGUUUUAAUCCAGCAAAGGUGUGGUCAAGGUUAACCGACUUCCUCCCGGGGGAUGUGCGCAUCAACGUCUUCAUGGCUGUCCCGACAAUCUACGCCAAGCUGCUUCAGUACUAUGACACAGAGUUCAACCAGGAGAAGAAAUUCAGGAAGAGCAUGGCCUUCAUCCGGAGUGCUUGUUCCAGCCGAAUACGGCUGAUGGUGAGCGGGUCUGCCGCACUGCCAGAACCAAUCAUGAAGCAGUGGGAGGAGGUCACAGGUCAUCGGCUGCUGGAGAGAUACGGGAUGACAGAAAUCGGCAUGGCACUGACGAACCCCCUGCAUGGCCCCCGCAUAGCAGGCAGUGUUGGUCAGCCAUUCCCUGAAGUGGAGGUGUGCAUAGUUCAGAACAAUGUCUACGCUGAGAACGGCUACGACAUCUUAGCACGGGGAAACUCCAGAACCACCACAGUCUACAGGGACGGAGAGCAGGGGGAGUUGCUGGUCCGAGGACCGGGUGUGUUCCACAAGUACUGGGGCAAACCAGGGGCCACAAGUCAGGCUUUCACCAGAGAUGGAUGGUUCAAAACAGGUGACACGGCCAUGUAUAAGGAUGGCAUGUACCGCAUCAUGGGCCGGACAUCGGUUGACAUCAUCAAGAGUGGGGGCUACAAGAUAAGUGCCCUUGAUGUAGAACGCCACCUACUGGCUCAUCCAGACAUCCAGGACUGUGCUGUGAUUGGUCUGCCAGACAUCACAUGGGGCCAGAAGGUGGCAGCCAUCUUGGUUUGUAAAGAAGGUCGAGAACUCACUGUUGGAAUAUUGAAAGAAUGGGCUAGAAACUACAUGCCAUCAUAUCAGAUUCCCACCGUGGUCAGAUGUUUGGACAAGAUGCCGAGAAAUGCUAUGGGAAAAGUCAACAAGAAAGAAAUCGUUGAAGUAGCGUUUCCGGAAACUGUGAAGUGAGGAUGUAUGGUUUGUAUAUGACUGUAUGUGAUGUGAUAAUAACAGCAUGAAGUGAUUAAAGUCAGCAUUAGGCCAUUAUAUUUUUAUUUGUUGGAUCUCGGAUCCAUCGACCCUAAUUUUCGUCAAAAUUGGGGAAUAAUUAAACCAAAUUUCCAUUAUGUUUAUUUCUGUCGACACGUCAUAUAUGCCAAGAUUACUCUGUGUUUUAAAAAGAGUCAUCUAUGAAACUUAAAAUGCUCAAUUGGACAUUGAUAUUUCACCAAAUCGUUCAGUCAACUGUAUAUCCAGAGUCAUAUACCCAGAGUUAUGCCACUUGUCCUUGACAAACAACCUUUGCCAAAAUUAACUCCCUUUGUCUUCCAAAUGACAAAAAAAUAAAGCUUCCAGCAGAGAAGGGUGAAAUAAUUUUGUCUUCCCCCCAAAUACAGGUAAUAUUUGUAAAAACAUUCCUUGAUCCAUUAUUUAAAAAAAAUAGGAGAUGAUGUCAGAGUAUUUUAAAAAAAAGAUUAUUCCCUCCUCUGACUUCUUACUUUGACAACAAAAUCUGUGGUCAAACACACACAAAAUAAUGGCUUUAAUUGUUGUGUAUCAAGGCUCAGCAUUUAACUUACAGCUACCUCUGUGAUGGAUAUUAGGGUAAAUAAGGUAAUAACUCUGUGUAACUUAGUUACAUUUGUUAUGACACUACUAUCUGUUACUUAUCCCAGAGUGUACUCAGUUUUGUAUGGUGCUAUUAAGGGCUGGGAUGAGUCCAGAUUUACAACCUGGGUACCCACCCCGCUAUUACCCUACCCAGGUACCUGCUGUAGGUCUCAAGUUAUACCGGUACCAAAUGUCCGAUUGGGAACAGUUUGACCAUUGCCCUGAAAAAAACGUAUUUAGUGACUUGUAGUGUAGCCAUGGACUUACAGUGAUUUUUUUUGGUCAUUAAACAAUAUAUCACGUGACUAACCACGGGCCUGGGUAGUACUGUGGGUACCCGGGUUUAAAAUACCCACCUGCCCGACAGUCUGAGAGAAUCAAUUUUGCUGACUGACGAUCAGUUUUGAAAAGUUACAGUUACAAAGUUGACAAUCCACCAGUUGAUUGUUAUUUUCUGAGAACUAAUUCAACAGCACUAUUCCUUUGUUUACCCUUCUGUUACUUAUGUUCCUUAACCUAAAGGGGCGGUGGGGUAGCCUUGUGGUUAAAGCGUUCGCUCGUCACGCCAAAGACCCGGGUUCGAUUCCCGACAUGGGUACAAUGUGUGAAGCCCAUUUCUGGUGUCCCCCGCCAUGAUAU